AUGAGCUACUGGUAUGAAAAAUUCCAGGAUGCCGAGAAUAACAGCGUGUCGGCUGAGCUUCCCUACGAAAUUCCAGAAGAUAAUCAACAAGGGGACUCUACUAACGCAGUGAUAUACGAUGCUGAUCAAGAGAAUGUUCACGACGCGGAAUCCCUGAGAUCUAAUGCUCAGGAUGGCAAAGUUGAAUAUGAGGAUAUAAACACGACAGAGCUGCUGGCAUAUAGGGAACUUAUAUAUAAAGCGCCUGCAUACGAAUGGCUUCUGGCAUGUUUGCACCGGACGACACUUCUGACACCGUCAGAACCGAACUGCAUGGACGCAAUCAGGGCAGGGAUUGUUUUCUCCCUCCCAAGAUCUCACAAGCUCAGUAGACGCCAGCCCUCGACUACAUACAGAGUAAUAUUUCGUAUAGACUGGGAUCCGCGAACUUUCAUCAAGGAGCAAGGCUACGUAGAGGAACCGGCCGAGGUGAUUGAAAAGGUAAUUACUCUUACCGGCUCUUAUAAAGAUGCACAGGCCCUUGUUUGUAUGAAGUACCUCGAACAGAUGUGGCCGUUUGCUGCAAAGUAUAUUAUCAAGCUAGUUAAAGAUGUUGUUCGCAGUGAACCAGGGUAUCGGGCACACAAAAAUCGACAUGAUCAAACUGAGAUUACCGCAUGGAUCGAAGAGUGUCAGUUCAUAGUCGAGGCUGUCGGUACUGAAGACUUCAUUGUUGAGGUCGGCCAGCAAUUUGCGUGGCUUGGUGCUGCUCUUCGUUCGUCCUCAUGGGACCAAGGGGUCGCCUACUGCACGCCAAAUAUCAGUUACCUGCCCGGCUAUCAGUAUCUGCACACUACGAAAGAAAGGGCUCGUUCCUCGGGAUACUUUUACAGCAUUCACUUCACCAUGCAGAAAGGAGAAGAGCAUCCUCAACUUGUCAAUGGUCAAUGCUGGCAAAAUAUAUUUCGAAAUCCAGUUGUUGUCAACGGCUAUCCUAUAUUAAAUAGGCCUGAGUCUGAAACAGGUCUAGAACUUCCACUCAACGUUAUGGCGUCCCUAGCUCAAACCCGAUAUGCAACCUUUUUUGGUGGGAAGCUAUUUAUGAAGGGCUUUAGCACCAUGCUGAUUCCGACUAAAGUAGUGAGAGACAUGGUAAUUUGGCACCUGCUCUUUAAUGAGGAUGGAAGUCACAUAUCCUACAUAGACCUUCGUGUUGAAAAGAUUCCGGGUUUCUACCCUGUCGAUAUUAGUAUUUUUCAUUUACAAUCAGCACGGCAUGUUCUUGGCUGGUGUUCAGAUGUGAAGUACUAUGCUGGUUCUCCAGACGCGGAUUAUGCUAUCAAUUGGUCAAGUCUUGAUAAGCCGCAUGAGGGCUGUGACUUCGCAAAUCUCUCAGUUGUUCGUGGGAAGUUUAUUACAACUGAAAUGGGUGCUACUAUUGGCAACAAGGAUCGAGCUGUCAACAGACAAGCAGACACAUAUCGAGGGCAGCUGAAUUGGAUUUCCAAAAAGUAUGUCGUGUUAUAUGAUGUCAAAGACAGGCGAGCAUGGCUUGUUGAUGGGGCAAGUGCUUUAUUGCACCUCGUUCGAGCUUCUCUAAAAGAUAAUGAGAACGACAACCUGAAGGACAGUUUCCUUUUUAAGUGGGAAGAGAUGAUGGAAGCACCUUCCGCACAGUCAGGGACGAGGGCUGCUAUAAAUGUGCUCAUGAAUGAGGGCAACAGAAAUUAUAACAAAGAGGAUUUGUCUUCAAAGCGACGGACUACCUAUUUCCACUUUAAAGAUAGGGUGGAGCAGAUCUAUUAUCUUUUGGAGCAAUGCUUCACUUAUCAACUCCAGAUGAAUAUGGGUAGCCUUCCUGGAUCGGAGGUGAACAAAAUACAGCGGCUCUGUGUCCUGGAGGGAUUUGAUUUUAUGGAUAUAGCUACAGAUGAGGACCAAUUCUGGCCUCGUGUAAUUCCUCUUCCAUCGACAGACGCAGGCUGGAUCGACUUUACCAGAGCUAUUCACGCAAUAACAUUGUUUGGCCAUGGAUUCGGCGAGCUGAUCAAACCAAUCGAUACAAAUGGACUUUGUCCGUCCUGGAUUGAAGUUCCCCGGGGCAAAGACUACCUCAUUGUCGGUGUCUCCCAUAUCAAGGAAAUUUUGAAGAAGAGAGGAAACACCACUGACCGACCAUGGAAGGUUGUCGAAGAAAUCUUUUGGCAUAAUCCAGACAAGAUAUUCGAUAUUUGUAACUGCACAGGGAAUAUCUCUCCAGGAAGACAUUGCGACCGCGCGCAGGCUCUUAUCCCCAAACACUUUCGUAACCUCUUAGGUAAUACACUCAGCAGCCCCCAUGAGCUGAAGGACCGUGGCGCUGUGAUCUUCAGUCACAGUUGGGAAUCUGCGCUCUCUGAAGAGUUUUAUCUUUCUAAAGAAGCAGACGUCGCAUUGUCAUUCGAACAUUUUGGUAGCCCAUACCAGGACAGUGGAUUAGGACAGAGCCUGAGCUCGUCGGCGAGCCAAGAUAAAGGCAUUAGCACGGGUACUCCACGAAAGCGAUCAUCUAGCUCUUCAAACGCAUCGGGUCGUCCUUCGAAAAGGUUCUUUCCUGACGAUGUAAACGUGUCUGCGACUGAUGAUCCGCCUUUGGCUCUUUCCUCCCUGGAAAGAAGUGGACAGCGCAGAGAGACUGAGAUGGACACUUCACAAGGAAAACUUUCCGAUAUUGUAUCCGCAAAUAAGGGUGAGUACACGAGUAAUGAGCAUGGUGCGAAAAAUCGCCCAUCCGAGGAAAGCUACACAGUAGGCUGGAUAUGCGCGAUUGGGAUAGAACUGCAGGAGUCACGGGCUAUGUUCGAUGAGCUACACGCAGUAGGAUAUGGACAUGGGUCAGACAAUAAUCUCUACACACUAGGUCGAAUAGGCCACUACCAUGUCGUUAUGUCCUGUUUGCCGAAGGGGCAAUACGGGACAUGUUCUGCGACUAAAAUUGCGACUCGGAUGAUGAACAAGUUCCCGAAGAUCAAGAUAGGUCUAGUAGUAGGGAUCGCAGGAGGAUUACCCAAUGAAAACGAUGAUAUUCGGCUCGGUGAUGUGAUUGUCAGCACACCAGACAAGCAACAUGGGGGUGUAGUGCAAUACGACAUGGGAAAGUUCACCAUAGAUGGAUUCCAGUGCACUGGAUAUUUGAAUGCGCCUCCUGAAAAGCUCUUGGCUGCUUUGAACAUGAUGCCUUCUCAUGGCGCUACGAUCAAGAACCGCCCUUCUGUCUCUUACCCAGGUGAAAGUCUUGAUAGGUUGUACAAGCCUACCUACACGCAUGUUGCUGGUAAUAAAACAUGCAAGGAUUGCGAUGGACAGCAACUACUGGAACGAGAUCCUGGUAAUCGGGGAACUGGACCGCAUGUUUUCUAUGGAACAAUAGCAUCGGGCAACGCUGUUAUCAAGGACGCGGCAACGAGAGAUAAGCUUGUCCAGAGGCAUCAAGUUUUGUGUUUUGAAAUGGAAGCUGCUGGCCUAAUGUGCACUAACUUCCCUUGUCUGGUCAUUCGAGGGAUCUCUGAUUAUGCCGAUUCUCACAAGAAUGAUAAAUGGACCUCUUAUGCUGCCGCAGCGGCCGCAACGUAUGCUAAGGACUUUAUUUGUACAAUUCCAGGAGAGAUUCGGAAUAUCAUGGGAUCCUAG